AUGAAGGUUACCAACAUUGCUCUGGCUGGUGCUGCCAUUGGUCUCUCCAAUGCUAGCCCGGUUGCUAAGCGUGCUAUUACCGAUGCUGAUAUCCUCAACUACGCAUUGACUCUUGAGCACCUUGAAGCCUCUUUCUACGAGGAGGGUCUCAAGAACUACACCAAGGAGGACUUCAUGAAUGCCGGCAUGGAUGAUACCUUCUAUACCAACCUCCAGGAGAUCGCAUCCGAUGAGAAGACCCACGAGACUUUCCUGACCGGAGCUCUGAGUGCUGCCGGCGCAUCCCCCGUCGCCCGCUGCAACUACACCUUCCCUGCAACCGACGUGAAGGGCUUCCUCGCCCUCGCCAGCGUAUUGGAAGGUGUCGGAGUCAGCGCCUACCUCGGCGCCGCAGGCUCAAUCAUGAACGCCACCUACCUCGGCGCAGCAGCAAGCAUUCUAACAGUCGAAGCCCGCCACAGCGCCUACCUGCGCGCCGCGCUCACCGAAUCCCCCUUCCCCCAAGCCUUCGACAACCCCCUCGACUUCAACGAGGUAUACACCGUUGCCUCGCCAUUCAUUGCCUCAUGCCCAUCCACCAACGGCGCUCUGCCCGUUAAGGCCUUCCCAAGCCUGACCAUGACCUCUACCAGUGCUGUGAUGAGUGGCUCAACUGUUCAGCUUAUGGCUGGAAGCGGGUUCAACAUGUCUAACACUGAUGAUAUCUAUGCUGCUUUCAUUACUGUGACUGGACCUGUUUGGGCUACGCUGAAGUCUAAUGGGAAGGGGAUGUUCACUGUUACUGUUCCUAAGGGAGUUGCGGGACAGAGCUAUGUUGUGCUCACUAAGGGAAAUAAAAUGGCGACUGAUGACAACAUUGUCGCGGGGCCUGCUAUUGUUGAGGUAAUUUAG